AACCUAACACAACCUUAAAAUAAAAAAUACAUUUCCUAUUUCAAGCCAAACUCGGUGGAGACGGAGACCUCUAUAAAAUCCCUAAAUAAUUUAUCCGUCACACUGUGCUACUUUGCAUAGAGAGCUCUACUUUUUACCAAAAAAAAAAAAAAAAAAAAAAGAACCGUCGGAGCACUCCGAUCACACUCUUUUCAUUGCAAAAUUGCCGAUCCGAAAAUCAAAAAACCCAUAAUGUCACACCCAGCUGAAUCGUCCGGCUCGAAGUCGGAUAAAAAGGAUUUCUCGACGGCAAUUCUGGAGCGCAAGAAGUCGCCGAACCGCCUUAUCGUGGAUGAGGCUGUAAACGACGACAACUCCGUCGUUUCGAUGCACCCUGAUACCAUGGAGAAAUUGCAGUUUUUCCGUGGCGAUACUGUCCUCCUCAAGGGCAAGAAACGGAGGGACACUGUCUGCAUUGCACUUGCUGAUGACACCUGUGAGGAACCGAAGAUCAGGAUGAACAAAGUUGUUAGAUCAAAUUUGAGGGUUCGACUUGGAGAUAUAGUGUCUGUUCAUCAGUGCCCUGAUGUUAAAUAUGGAAAACGUGUACAUAUACUUCCAGUGGAUGAUACCAUAGAAGGUGUUACCGGAAACCUGUUUGAUGCAUUCCUAAAACCUUAUUUCUUGGAAGCUUAUCGUCCUGUGAGAAAAGGAGAUCUAUUCCUUGUCAGAGGAGGGAUGAGAAGUGUAGAGUUUAAAGUCAUUGAGACUGACCCUGAGAACUAUUGUGUGGUUGCCCCAGACACUGAAAUCUUUUGUGAGGGGGAACCUGUGAAAAGGGAAGAUGAGGAAAGGUUGGACGAAGUUGGUUAUGAUGAUGUUGGCGGUGUAAGGAAGCAAAUGGCUCAAAUCCGUGAGUUAGUGGAACUGCCACUGAGGCAUCCUCAACUCUUUAAAUCAAUUGGUGUAAAACCCCCUAAAGGAAUUCUGCUUUAUGGCCCUCCUGGUUCUGGAAAGACAUUAAUUGCUAGAGCUGUUGCCAAUGAAACCGGUGCUUUUUUCUUUUGUAUUAACGGGCCAGAGAUUAUGUCUAAAUUGGCUGGUGAAAGUGAAAGCAAUCUUAGAAAGGCAUUUGAAGAAGCUGAGAAGAAUGCCCCGUCUAUCAUUUUUAUUGAUGAGAUUGAUUCAAUUGCUCCCAAGCGAGAGAAGACUCAUGGUGAAGUUGAAAGGCGCAUUGUUUCACAACUUUUGACUCUGAUGGAUGGACUAAAAUCACGUUCCCAUGUUGUUGUUAUUGGGGCUACCAAUCGUCCAAACACUAUUGAUCCAGCUUUAAGAAGGUUUGGUAGGUUUGAUAGAGAGAUAGAUAUUGGUGUUCCUGAUGAGAUUGGGCGACUUGAAGUUCUUCGCAUACACACGAAGAACAUGAAGCUGUCUGAUGAGGUUGAUUUAGAAAGAAUUGCAAAAGAUACUCAUGGGUAUGUUGGGGCUGACCUUGCUGCUCUCUGCACGGAAGCGGCACUGCAAUGCAUCAGAGAGAAGAUGGAUGUGAUUGAUUUGGAGGAUGAUACUAUUGAUGCAGAGAUACUUAAUUCCAUGGCAGUUACUAAUGAGCACUUCCAGACUGCUCUUGGCACAAGCAAUCCAUCGGCAUUGCGUGAAACAGUGGUUGAAGUGCCCAAUGUCAGCUGGGAAGAUAUUGGAGGCCUUGAAAAUGUUAAGCGGGAGCUUCAGGAGACCGUUCAGUAUCCCGUUGAGCACCCGGAGAAGUUUGAGAAAUUUGGAAUGUCACCUUCAAAAGGGGUUCUAUUCUAUGGGCCCCCUGGUUGUGGGAAAACUCUACUGGCUAAGGCAAUUGCAAAUGAGUGUCAGGCAAACUUCAUCAGCGUCAAAGGCCCUGAACUGCUCACCAUGUGGUUUGGUGAGAGUGAAGCCAAUGUUAGAGAAAUUUUUGACAAGGCCCGACAAUCUGCACCAUGUGUCCUUUUCUUUGAUGAACUUGAUUCCAUUGCUACUCAGAGAGGAAGCAGCACUGGAGAUGCAGGUGGUGCUGCAGAUAGAGUUCUGAACCAACUCCUGACUGAAAUGGAUGGCAUGUCAGCCAAGAAAACUGUUUUCAUCAUUGGGGCCACAAAUCGACCAGAUAUAAUUGACCCAGCACUUCUACGUCCAGGCCGUCUUGACCAACUGAUCUAUAUUCCUCUUCCAGAUGAAGAUUCACGGCAUCAAAUCUUUAAAGCAUGUUUGAGAAAAUCACCUAUCUCAAAAGAUGUUGAUUUGAGAGCUCUCUCUAGGUACACUCAAGGCUUCAGUGGGGCUGAUAUAACAGAGAUAUGCCAGCGAGCAUGCAAGUAUGCUAUCAGAGAGAAUAUAGAGAAGGAUAUCGAGAAGGAGAGAAGGAAAGCGGAGAAUCCAGAGGCAAUGGAUGAGGACAUUGAGGACGAAGUGGCGGAGAUCAAAGCUGCUCAUUUUGAGGAGUCCAUGAAGUAUGCACGCAGGAGUGUUAGUGAUGCUGACAUCCGCAAAUAUCAGGCCUUUGCUCAAACCUUGCAGCAAUCUAGGGGUUUUGGAUCUGAAUUUAGGUUUUCUGAUGCCAGAACUACUGGGGCUUCUGGAUCUGAUCCAUUCGCCACUUCUGCUGGUGGGGCUGAUGAUGAUGAUCUGUAUAGUUAGGUUCUUUAGUCUUGCGUUUAUAUCCUGUGACGUUCUUGUUUCCUACAAAAUGCAUGCUUUCUAGGAGGGAAUGGUUUUGAUGUUGUGAUUAUAAUUAUUUAGGAUCUCUUGGAUUUACGGAGUAAAUGAUCUAAUUUCCAACACAAGUUAUUUUGGUUUAGGAUGGAUGAGUUUGGAAAAAGAAAAAGUAAUUUAAAGGAGCUUGUUAUCUUUGA